AUGCGUAACGGACAACAAUUGACUAGCUAUCGAAUUGAGAAAGGUGUUGGACGAAUGGAAAAACGUGAAAUUAAUGAACUAGAACCAUAUUUAGAAAGACGAACAGGUUUUAUGUGGCUACCACAAAGUAAUACCGAAUAUUAUGAAUCUGAAAUAUUUCAUACAAAUCUAAAAUUAUCUCAAAAUAAACGUGAUCUUAUGAAUAUAUCAGAUUAUUUAUUAUGGUCAAUUGGAAAUUUUAUUCUUUUUUUUGUCUUAGGUGUUAUUUGUGUUAUUUUAUCUGUACGUGUACGUGAACAUAAACGUAAUAAAGAUUAUGAUGCAUCAUUAAAAAUUUCACAAAGAACAUUAAUAAUGAAUAUUUUUACUACGAUUAUUGGUAUUUGUUUUCUUGUUACAAUGUUAGCUUUAUUAAUUAAUAAAUCAUCUACAAAUUUUUAA